UACUAUGAAAUAUUAGGAAUAGAAAAAGCAGCAACUGCACAAGAUAUAAAAAAAGCAUAUCGGCGCUUAGCUUUACAAUGGCAUCCCGACAAAAAUCCAGAUAAAAAGAAAGAAGCAGAGAAAAAGUUUAAAUUAAUAGCAGAAGCUUAUGAAGUUUUAUCAGAUACCAAGAAACGAGGUGUCUAUGAUAGAUAUGGUAAAUCAGGAGUACUAAAUGAACCUAGUUUUGAAGAUGAUUUCAACCAAGGUUACAGCCGACCAGGGCAUUUCCACUUUCACUUCAGAAGUGCCGAAGAUAUAUUUAAAGACUUUUUUGGAACAGAUAAUCCCUUUGAGGAUUUCAUUAUGGGUAAAAUAUUUGUUGUGUUUGGAUAUUUUAUUGUAGGUCCAAGUCGUGAAAUGAAUGGUUCGAUGUUUGAAAAUUCUUUUGUAGGCUUUCCUAGACAUAGUAAUAUGUUUACAUCAUUCUCAAGUACCAAUUUCGGUGGGCCAACCAUUGGUGGUAAUUUUAGAUCUACAUCCACAUCAACCAAAUUUGUCAACGGUAAAAAGGUCACUACUAAAAAAGUGGUAGAAAAUGGUCAAGAGACAGUAACAGUAGAAGAGGAUGGUAGAGUCACCUCCAGAACUGUCAAUGGU